AGUCGCUGUUGCCAUGGACAUGUACAGUACAGUACCAUGUACCCCUGAACGAGAGCGAGCAACUAGCUACAAUAGAAGUCUAUGAUAGUUUCAAAAUGUUUCUUUUAGCGCCGAAUCCAUUAUCACUGACCACCACCAAGAUAAAAGAAAAUGAAUUGCGGCACGAAACGACCAAAGGGGGGAGCUGAGAAAAAGACAGAGAAAACAAAGAUAGCACCGUUGGCUUCGGUUUCACAGAGCCAGUAUACAAAAGAGAUAAUUGAGGAAAUGUUUAGAUCCAUUUUUGGACGAAACUUCUUUGCAAGACUUCGGUUUUCAAGAGAUAUGGACUCUUCUUCGAAGAAGUCCAAACGAAGGGGUGAGAGCCCUUCGUCUCCUGAAGACCUCAACCCUCCCACCAUCUUGAGGGAGCACGGACGAAGGGGUGAGAGACCUUCGUCUAGUGGAGGCACCAACCCUUCUACCACCAUGAAGGAGCACAGAGAAAGGGGUGAGGGCCCUUUUUCUUGUGCAGAAAACCAGCCCUCUAACACCAGGCAGCAAGAACGAAGGGAUGUGAGCUCUUUGUUCAUCGUGGGCACCAACCCUUCUGCCAUCACAAAGGAGAGCAGGCAAAGGGGCGAGAGCUCUUUGUCUUCCUCUUCUGAAGAUGAUGAGCCUUUUACCACCAGGCUGCUAGUACGAAGGUUUGAGAGCCCUUCGUCGUCAUCUUCUGAAGAUGACCAGCCCUCUACCACCAGGCAGCAAGUGCGAAGGGAUGUGAGCUCUCUGUUCAUCGUGGGCACCAACCCUUCUGCCAUCACAAAGGAGAGCAGGCAAAGGGGCGAGAGCUCUUUGUCUUCCUCUUCUGAAGAUGAUGAGCCUUUUACCACCAGGCUGCUAGUACGAAGGUUUGAGAGCCCUUCGUCGUCAUCUUCUGAAGAUGACCAGCCCUCUACCACCAGGCAGCAAGUGCGAAGGGAUGUGAGCUCUCUGUUCAUCGUGGGCACCAACCCUUCUGCCAUCACAAAGGAGAGCAGGCAAAGGGGCGAGAGCUCUUUGUCUUCCUCUUCUGAAGAUGAUGAGCCUUUUACCACCAGGCUGCUAGUACGAAGGUUUGAGAGCCCUUCGUCGUCAUCUUCUGAAGACAAGCAGCGUACUACUACAAGGCGGCAGCAAGCAUGGAGGGUGGGAGCCCUUCGUUUGUCAUCUUCUGAAGAUGACCAGCCCUCUACCACCAGGCAGCUAGUACGAAGGUUUGAGAGCCCUUCUUCGUCAUCUUCUGAAGAUGACCAGUGUUUUACCACCAGGCUGCUAGUACGAAGGUUUGAGAGCCCUUCUUGGUCAUCUUCUGAAGAUGACCAGCCUUGUACCACCAGGCUGCUAGUACGAAGGGAUGUGAGCUCUCUGUUCAUCGUGGGCACCAACCCUUCUGCCACCAUGAAGGAGAGCAGGCAAGGGGCGAGAGCUCUUUGUCUUCCUCUUCUGAAGAUGAUGAGCCUUUACCACCAGGCAGCGAGUACGAAGCGGCGAGCCUUCUACCGCAAGGGAGGCAGCAACAACGAAGUCCUUUGUCCUUCGUGA